AUUUGUUAAGUAUUAUUUAGCAAUUUCUGUUACAAUAGUGAUAUUCUACAUCUAGUGCAGUGAAUAUUCUGCACCAGCAAUCAAAUUACUGAUAAACUAACUGAUUAGAAAUUAUUAAACCAAAUUGCUGUACUACUAAACCAUGUUCAGUAAAACACCAUCAGUAAUCGUGCGCAGCAGUCGUUACUGAAAAAAUAUUCAGAAAUUAGUUGGGCGUAGCUACACAUAGGAUGUAGAGUAGAACGUGGGUUUGUGCAAUGUAAUUCAAGAUGAUUUGGUACCAUUGCCGCAAAAUUGGGAGAGAUGAAUCUUGCAAAGCAUGACAUACUAAGGUCUAGGAGGUCUGCUUAUCUCCAGUGCAGAUCCUGAGGUUCGCGAUGUGCCAGUCAAUUUAACCUAACAAGAAAUAAAAUUUAAUCAGUAAUUAAUAGGAAAUCUAAUUGCUAGUUUUUGGAAUGGUUCCUUAAAAAGAGCAUCAGCCAAGCUGUCCGAUGUACGAGUGUGAUCAUCAGCUACAACAAAUCCAUUGGACCUGACCGAGACAUCACUAACAGACAUCACUAACAGCCAAAGCGAUAAACUAAACCAAACUUGCCGAUGAAUCUAAUUACAAAAAGGUUUAUUCUUAAUUCACAAUUGUCAUAAGCCAAAAAUAGCCAAUCGACAACUUAAGUUAUAAUAGAUGGAACAGGAUCCAUAAGAUUAACCUGACUGCACAAUUCAACGAUUGGACCUAAAUGAGACAUUCUGAUUGAAACGGUAAAAUCAGGUUAAACGGACCAGCCGAUAAGAUUAAUAUAACAAGGUACACGAUUUGAUCCAUUAUUUUUAAAUGAGGAUUACCAAACCUAUAAGCUAUCAAGAUUCUGCAAGUAAAAGGGUUAGAGCAUCUCCAAGAGCUUCUUCAAAUCAUAUUAGCCAAAUUCUAUUUUAGCUAACCAUUUAGCUAAUAUCUCAUCUUUAUAUUUCACUUCUCUCCAACAAACAAGGUAAAUUUCACUCUUCAUAUCCAACUCUCCUCUCUCCUUUCUCAUCUCUCCAACUCUCUCUAGGUGGGGCCGGACCAAGGCCCCGCCGCCACCCGUCGCUUUCAAGGCGAGCCGAUGCCGCCACCAGCCGGCCUCCUGCUGUUCGCUGUCGCCUGGCCUCCCGUCGCUCGUCGGAGUCCGCCAGGGGUCGUCGCGCCCUGCUCAUCGCAGAUCGACUGGAAGGGGGCAACGACGGGUGGCCUCGGAUAGCGACAGUGGCGGCAGAUUCUCCCUACCCUUCCUGUUUCCCAUCAGAACAGACACACAAUGAGCAUUGCAGGAACCAACUAGGGCCUGAAUGAUGACUAGUGUUGCUCGAAAAUCACUAGAGAUGAUGUCUCACCGCGAAGCUCCUCACCGGCGGCAAUGGAGAUAGCGGAGCUGCACAGCACUGCCUCUGUAGCAGAGGAAAGGUCCCGCCGGGGCAGGAAAUCAGUCGAGGGGCUAGAGGAGCUGCUCGCGAUAGAAGGAAUUGAACCGAGAUGGACUGGAGCACGCAAAUUCCGGCGAGCGGCAGCAGCUGCCGAAAAACAGAGAGGUGGAGGAAAAGCGACCUCAGCACGGCCAACCAGCACAGCGCUCCGCGUGCGCAUUGGACAGCAGCAAGGAGGACCUCGGCGGAGGCAGUGCAGCGGUGAUGGUGUUCGGGGACGGGGCGGCGGGAGGAGGAAGCACGCGCCGGAGGCCGCAGGACCACGCACGGGAGACCGUGGACGGCGAACGAAUCCGCCUGGCAAAAAUAGCGCAUGGGAGACCGACGAUAGCGAAUAGGAUAGAUUAGCGAAGCUGAUGGAGAGACCGUUGGAUGUCGUUUUUUGCUGUUUUUUUUUUCAUUUUUACAUAUCUAGACAGAUUUAAAGAAACUCUUGGAGUUGCUCUUAGGUAGCAGCCUAUCUGCAAGUAAAAGGGUUAGGUGGCAGCCUAUAAAUCUGUAAUUAUUGUAGGAUAAAUUAUGAAAUUUUAUAAAAACUCUAUCGGCCCUAACCGAGAUAGUUUUAUGGGUAAUUAAGGAAGUUGAUAACUUGUGAACUCAAUUAAAUCAUAAAACAAACAAGAGAUUGAAGCAAUAGUAGUCUUACUUGAGUUAAAAGAGAUUGGAUAAAUUCGUAGAUUAAUAAAUGAAAUUACAACUAUGCGUCUGUAAUUAAAGCUUAGUGAAUCUGAUAAGACGAUGCUUACGAACAAACCAAAGAUUGAAGCAUGCAACCAUGUUACUCUACUCCUACUCCUAUGGUUUUGGCGUGACGCUAAAGAGAUGUGUAUUGAUUGAUGAUUAUUUUUUUUCAAAACCCUGUACUAUUUAUAGCCUAAUACUAAGACUCCUAGAUUAUCACAACUUUAACCAACUUGAUCAAAAAAGAAAACAGCUAAAUCUACUAUAUUUACAAGGACCUUCCAACAAAAAUCGGCUUGCUAGAUCUUUUGAUAUGCAUUCCUCUCAUUAGCGUCAUGACCAAUCGCUGCGGCACCUUUGACCAGUCCAUGACCGUACCUCGAUCAUGCUUGCGUCAACUCUGACCAAGUCCUCUGACAGCUUGGGCCGAACAGGCCAUCGGCCUUCUCGAGAUUCAUCAUCGACUCCAAUUUUUCUUACCAAAGUUAUCUUCGCAAAAUUUAAGCAUCAACAGGUACCAAGUAAUUUUUUAGACUUUGCUCAUUUAUUCUUGCUAGUAUAUUAUUACAUUGCUGGUGGUCGCGCCCAAAUUUCUGUUGGCAACUUGAUUUACGACCGCAUCAAUUAUUCCAUAUGGGUUAGUACCAAAGAUUAGCAACCAACUAGUUGAUAAGAGCAACUCCAACAAUGCUCCUACUCAAGCACAUACUCAAAAAUUCUGGAUCGAGGACAAAAAACCCCACUCCAGCAAGACCCCUACUUAAGUUCCAAGAUUAGAGAGGCACCCAAAUUUCACUUUUCAGUCUCAUCUCCCACGAAUGGCUAGGAAAGAUCCUACUUUUGCGUUGUGCCCGUUUCAUGCCUCCUCCACUAGCGUACCUGCCUGAACGAGCCCACAGUUGGGUCCCUGCCACGCAGUCAUCAGGCCGCCGUAGCGUGGCCAUGAGGUGCGCGACGGUCUCACAGAUGACCCAUGCCGAACUGAUGAGCUCAAUCGACGAACCGAUGCCACACCUACCCAGUCCCCAGCAAUGGCGAGCCUCGUGCAGGAGGCAGCGCGCGAGGGCUGUUGCGGGAGCUCCAAAGCGGUGGCAUACAAGGCCAGUGGCGAGCCUCGCACGCGCAGGUGGUGGCGAUCGCCAGGCCGGCGGCUGGAGAUCCGGGGGCGGCAAGUUCUACAUGGUGUUGCAGUAAUUUUCUGAAUGUUGCAAUGAUUUAUUCGAGAUGUUGAUAUCGAGAUCCAUGUUAUCAUGGGGUGUCCUGGUUGCGGGUUUAUUUCGCGGAGACAACUUUUUUCAUGUUGCACAUGUAUGAAUUUGAUGUUGCAUGAUUUUUGAAUGGAUGUUGCAUGAAACCACGCUAUGAUGUUGCGGCGGGAAUCGAUGUGUUUGAUGUGUUUUGGUACUUGCUUUUUUGACGUUGCAGAUAUUGAUUUUGGAUGUUGGCAAGCAUGUAUUCUCAAUGUUGCGACAGAGCAUCCAAUGGGUAAUUUUCUAACGGAUGUCCGGGCACUAGCAGCGCCUUAUUUUUUUUAUUAAAUCUAGAACAAAUGUUCUAUGCUUAAGGGAAAGCAAGAACACAAGGAAUAUUACCAUUGAAACUACAUUUUUACAAAUGUUCAUGAGUGUCACAUACUUGCAUCUUUGUUUUUAAUGACAAGACUUAAAUAUCAACAAAGCUCUUUCUUUUGCAAAAAAAGAAAAAUAGAAGAAACUUCUGACCUUCUAAAUGUCGAACUGGAUAUGGUCUAAGCUUAGUACUUCCAACUCACAUACGGUUUACUAGCUAGUUGGAAUACAAUACAAGUAGUACAACGUGUUACGUGUGUCAAGCAGUUUCUCAAUCCGUCAAUCAAAAUCUUGCUGUGCCGGGCAACAAAACAAAAGGAUGUUUCAUGCCCACGGGCGGUUGUCCGAUCCCCAUCAAGGCCAUCAUGUCGUCCUUGGCCGGCGAUGUCGACCGGAUCAGCGCCCUCCCCGACGAGCUGCUCCACCUCAUCCUGACCUUCUUAUACGAAGCGAAGGACGUCACGCGCACGGCCGCGCUGUCCCGGCGGUGGCGGCGCGUGUGGAUCCACGCACAGCACCUCGUGAUCUUCGACACCAGGUUGCGCCGCAGCAGGGAGCGCGGCGGCCGGUACGUGAGUUUCGUGGACUGGGUGCUCGCCCAGCGUGGCGACGCCGACAUAGGAUCCCUCGGCAUCAAUGCCACGCCGGCGUUGCCCUCGUCGGAGCAGGUCGGCGGGUGGCUCCGCUACGCCGCCCGGCGCGUCGUCGAAUCCCUCCACCUUCACAUCUGCCUCCGUUAUCGCAGGGAUUUGUCCUCCGCCGCCGCCGCCGCCGUCGUGCUGCCCGACCAAGGGAGGAUGACGCGCAUGGCGCUGUCUCUGUCACGCUGCAGGCUCCAGCUCCCGGCAGCGGCGGAGGCCAGGUACGAGGCGCUCACGGACCUCAGGCUCGGCAGCACGACCUUCUUCUCCAGCGCCGGGCGCACCCUCGGCGACUUCGUGUCGUGCUGCUGCCCUCGCCUGCGCACGUUCGAGAUCUCCGGGUUCAAAGGGUUGCCCCAGCUGGCCCUUCGCUCCGAGGCGCUCCAAGAGCUCAGGAUUGACUUCGCGGAGGACCUGCGUGUGCUGGACGUGACCGCACCCAACCUCCGUGUCCUCAAGCUCGAGCAUUGCUUCAGCGAUUGGUGCCCGUGGAACAAAGCCGGCGGCGCCGGCGGCCACGUCGUCCGUGAGUCGCUCAGAAUUGCGGCGCCGAGGCUGCAGGAGAUUGGCACCGACACUUCCUCCUUCUCCAGGCGUCCGGACCUGGACAUACAUGACCUCACAAGUGUUCGCUGUCUCAGCGGCCUCCGGCUCGACAUGCACGGGCAGUACUGCGCCGCCACGGAGGUCGGCUUCUGGCUGCUGGCGAACAGCCCCGGCGCUGACCACGUCGGCGUGUAUCUCCAACACAGCAGUGUCGCCGCCCAAGCAGAGGGCGGUGCCGGUUAUGUUGUUGAUCUGACGUCGGAAGGCGCCUCGCCGUUCGCCGGUGUCCGGAGAAUGGACAUGAUCGUGGAUGUGGAUGAGUUUCCAGAGCAUCACCUGGUGCCCAGUGUGUUUGCUCUGCUUCUGAGGUGCCCUCGCCUGAGAUCGUUGGACAUCCACCUUUUCGUUGAGACAGUCACGAGCAGCAGCCGGAGGCGGGGGUGCUUCUGCGAUGAGCUGCUUCCAUGGACAGAUAACCGGGAGAUCUCCUUGGGAUCACUUGAAGAUGUGAUAGUAAGCGGGUUCACAGAAGCAGACGAGGACGUCGACCUUGUGAGCCUGUUGUUUGCAAGCUCGGGCUCUAUCAGGAGCAUGAGUUUAUCCUCAAGCGCCAAAGGAAAGGCUUCUGAUGGUGCUGUUUCUUUGAAGCGGAUGAUGACGACGGAGGACGAUGAUGGCAUGGGGACUGUCCGACGGAAACUAAUGAGCAUCCCUAGUGCUGGUCGGGGGCGGUGGCACUUUGGGGACAGCGUGUACACAUGGACGUGCAGCGCAGCAGAGAGCUAGCUAAUCUGUAUGUUAAACAUAUCGUAUUAUGCUAAUCAUAGUGAUUUAUUUGUUAUCAA